UCUCUCUCUCUCUCUCUCUCUCUCGAUCUGUCUAUAUAUCCCCAUAGAACACCCCCUUAUCGUUGCCACUCUCUGUCUCUCUCUCGAUCUGUCUACAAAUUCCCAUAGAACACCCCCUAUGUUAAACCUAUAUUAACAAGCCAACGCAAAGCAGAAACGCUCACACAAACACUCACAUAGAGGCUGAUCAAGUUCACAGUGCAUAAACAGCAUAUAUAUAGAUUUUAUAAGCAAAAUUAAGAUCAGAAGAACGGGUACCUCUGAUCUGUUGCUAAGUAGUUGAUCUGUUGGAGAGCUUCUAAAUAUGCCGAGAAAAGGAAUGCGAAGCCUAUGGUUUUCCACGAAGCCACCAUCAUCGUUUUCGGUUUCACUCAGCCCUUCUCCUUCAAGGAGGCUCUCUAACGCAGCCAUGGAGCGAAGUAUCGCAGCGGCGGAGACGAUGAUCAUGAAAUGGAACCCGGAAGCUUCGACCUUCGCCAAAGUUACUUCCCUCUUCUACGAGAACCGUGGAGAAGCCAGAGAUUUCAUCAACUCCGUUGCUGAAUUACAUAAAGCAAUGCAUUUCCUAGAUAAGGAAGAUCCGCAAUCAGAGAAACUCGUGCGUAGUCAGAAACUGAUGGAGAUUGCCAUGAAGCGACUUCAGAAGGAGUUCUAUCAGAUUCUAUCCAUGAAUCGAGCUUACUUGGAUCCGGAAUCAGUUUCUGCAAGAUCCUCGCUAACCUCGACACGAUCUAGCAUGUCGGAUUAUGACGAUGACGAUGAGUCUGAGGAGGAGAUUCGUAUCGCAGGAGAAUCCGUCAAGGACGUCGAGCAAGUUUCGGUCGCUGUCAUGGCCGAUCUGAGACUGAUAGCCGAGAGUAUGAUAUCAACUGGUUACGGAAAAGAAUGCGUGAAGAUAUAUAAGACUAUACGAAAAUCGAUUGUUGAUGAAGGUAUAUAUCGACUCGGCGUUGAGAGAGUCAGCAAUUCGAAGAUUCACAAGAUGGAUUGGGAGCUGAUAGAGUUGAAAACGAAAAAUUGGUUGAGUGCUGUGAAGAUCGCAGUGAAGACACUAUUCAAUGGGGAGAGAAUUCUCUGUGAUCACGUCUUCGCAGCCUCCGACACCAUCAGAGAAUCAUGUUUCGCUGAGAUCACGAAAGAAGGAGCUCAAAUUUUGUUUGGAUUCCCUGAACUUGCGGUGAAAAACAAGAAGAACUCGCCGGAAAAGGUUUCCCGUAUGCUCGACAUGUACACCGCAAUCUCGGAAAACUGGCCCGAGAUCGAGUCCAUCUUCUCAUUCGAAUCCACCUCCGCCGUACUAUCACAAGCCAUCACCGCGCUGGUCAAGCUCGGCGAAUCUGUUCGGACAAUUGUAGCCGAUUAUGAAUCGGCGAUCCAGAAGGACAAAUCCAAGUCGCCCGUUCCCGGUGGUGGAGUUCAUCAUCUAACGGUUGCAGUCAUGAAUUACCUGUCUCUCCUCCGCGAUUACAGCAACAUUCUGCCGGACAUCCUCGCCUAUUCUCCACUGCCGGAGAAAUCAUCCUUACCUGAGUCUUAUUUUGACUCCUCCGACUCCGACGGAUCUCCCAAACAGGCUAUCUCCCUCCGGUUCGCGUGGCUGAUCCUCGUCCUCCUCUGCAAACUCGACAGCAAAGCUGCCCAUUACAAAGACGUCUCCCUCGCUUACCUCUUCUUAGCCAACAAUCUCCAACACGUUGUCGACAAAGUACGCAAAUCGAAUAUCAAGUACCUCCUCGGCGACGAUUGGAUCUCAAAGCAAGAAGCCAAAGUCAAGCAGUUCGCCUCCAGCUAUGAAGGGCUAGCGUGGGGGUCCGUUAUGGAAUCGCUGAGGCGAGAUCCAACGGCAGGGAUAUCGGCGGAAGAAGUAAAAGAAUGUUUGAGGAGAUUCAACAGAGCGUUGGAGCAGGCGUACCUGAAGCAAUCUGGGUGCGUCGUGGACGAUAGCAAUCUCAGGCAGCAAAUCAAACUGUCGAUAACGAGGAAGGUUGUGGAGGAGUAUACAGAGUUCUACCACACGCAGGGAGUGGAGGCGUGGAAAGGAGAUCGGCAUUUGGUAAGAUUUGCCCCUCAGGAUGUGAGAAAUUACCUAUCAGAUCUGUUCUUUGGUACUGUAGAGGCAGGGAGUUCUUCGCUGCCAUCGAGAUUGCGAUCUCCCUGAACUCGAUUCGUUUUGAAAUGCACUUUAUUCCUUCCUUCUAUUUCGUGGCCGUGGCGGGGCACGGGAAGUUGGGUUCUUCAUUUUCCACGUAUAAAUCCACCUCUUCCGGGAAUUAUAUAUUCUAUUUUUUUAAUUUCAUCUCUAUUAUUAUUCUGUUUAUUUAUUUUUGUUUUUUUUUUAAAUGAAAAAAUAUUUAUUUAUUGUUAAGACUUAAAAUUAUCACUUAAAGUUGAACAAAAACUGUAAUAUCCUGAAA